AUGGUGCCCUGGCGUCCACAGGCGCCGGCCUUGCCUCCGCCCAGUUCCUCCGAUUGCGAAGAUGAGUCGCCUGAGUCACCUGAACGUGAAAGACGGGUCUCCCGCCGAACUUCAGGUUCUUUGCCCUCGGAGCUCCCGGCAGAAUUGAUCCGAGGCGUACCGCUGGAAGUUUGUCUCCAGUGGUGGGGCACCCAUUGGGCCCCCAAUGACAGAGACGACUAUGGCUUGAGCCAACGUAGCGAUUCCAUUGAUUUUUUCUUGAGCCAUGACUGGAAGACAAGCCGAUGGUCCAAGACAUUGGCUUUACUCAUGUUCUUCAACGGCGUACCCGCCGGGCUCGCAACGGUUUGCGCCAGCAUCUUGAGCUUCUGGCUGCUCCUGGAACACGCACUCCCAGGAGGUUGGCCCACAGCCAGCAUCUCAACAUACUGCACCUUUCUGAUGGUCUUCUGCUUCUGGCAGCGCAUCCGGCGCCUCCUCUGCUGCUACGUGCCCACGGUCUUCCUGGAUCGGCUGUGCAUUGCGCAACAUGAUCUUGAGCUCAAGAGGCAAGGGAUCCUUGGACUCGCCGGCUUCUUGGGGAAGUCAAGGCAGCUCGUGAUCCUCUGGACGCCACGCACAUUUAGUCGCCUUUGGUGCACCUUCGAGCUGGCACAAUUCCUGGGGCCUGGAAGUGGAAGGCCUGUUACAAUAGUACCAGUCGCCAUGAUGCAAUUAUUGAUGUCGGUCUUCAUCGCCAACGGGUGCCUUUGGGCAAUGUUUCAUGUUUGGCUAUACAUUGAGGAAUCGGAUUUGAUGGGCCUCAAUUCUAGCAUGAUCUGGAUUGUCUUGCUGGCGUCUGCAUUUCUUGCACCAGUUCUGAUCUUUUGCUGGGUAGUGCAAGUGUCUUUUGGGAUGCAGCACUUGCGAGACCUAUCGGAAUUGGAUUUCCAGAUGCAGAAGUUCAGCAUUCGAAAUUCGGAGUGCGCAUGCUGCACUUUCGGUCACGUGGACCCUGCCGGGAAUCCCAUGCUGUGCGACCGAUCUUUAGUGUACACAACACUGAGGAGAUGGUAUGGAGGUGAUGGAGAGGAUCACCUGGACCGAUUUGACGCUGCUGUUCGUGAGCACGUGAGGGUGUCUGUGAUGGAAGGCCUUGGCUCCGGCAUCCCUCCCGUUCGUUUCAUUCUCGUCGUUGCGGUCGUCUCGCCACUCGGCCUCUUGCCACAAUAUCUCCACAUGGGCCUCAACGGCCUCCAGGCUCAUGGGGGAGUGUCAGAGGACUGGAAAUUCUGGCAGUGGCUUGUGUUUUAUCUGCACGUGCCCUUUGUCACACUCUUCCUCUGCUGGCUUGGCGUCAAUGCCCCCAGGGUCGGCCUAGCCUUGUCUUUGAAAGUGCGCAAGUGGAAGGCUGUAGUGCUAGUGCUGGUCAUGAAGAGCACGUUGCUGGGCUUCUUUUGGAUGCCUAGCUUCUUCGCGAGCUUUCCGAAGACGCCUCUGUCGUAUGCUGGGGUCUUCACGUAUAUGUUUGGAGUGCUUCUUGGCUUGUACUCCUGGCAGUACAGAUCAGCGUUUGCAAAUGCCAUCCGCUGUUGA